AUGUUUCCAUCAACAGAAACUAUCAAUGAUUAUUUUAUUUAUCAUGAACUUGGACGAGGUGGCUUUGCCACGGUUUAUAAAGCAAUUCGUCUUUCUGAUAAAUAUGAAUUUGCUUGUAAAAUGAUUGAUCGUCUGAAAAUUCAACAGCAAACACCUAGUCAAUAUCGUCUAAUGCACAAACGUUUAAAAAACGAAAUUGAAAUACAUUCAAGAUUAAAACAUCCAAAUAUUGUUAAUAAAAUAGCCGAUUUUGGACUAGCAAAAAAAGUAGAAACAGCUGACACAAAAAAUCAGACAAUGUGCGGAACACCGAAUUUUUUAUCACCGUAA